CGAGCUUCGAAAGGGCGGGAAAGGCGGUUGGAGAGGGAGGGGCGAGCGGUUACUCACUCCAUGGCUACGGAAAGGAGAGGCGGCGGCAGCCUCAGCUGAAGAAAAGAAGGCGGUAGAGAAGAGCGCAAGCGCGGUUUCAGACACCGACGGAUUUGCUUUGGGAGCCAGAGUAGCUGCCGCCACCAGAAUCUGGAGCCAUGAGUGGGUUUAAUUUUGGAGGCACUGGGGCCCCCACAGGUGGGUUCACAUUUGGCACUGCAAAGACGGCGACAACCACUCCUGCUACUGGGUUUUCUUUCUCUACAUCUGGCACUGGUGGGUUUAAUUUUGGGACUCCCUCCCAGCCAGCUGCAAGUACUCCUUCUACUGGCCUCUUCUCCCUCACAACCCAGGCUCCAGCAACACAAACCCCAGGAUUCAGUUUUGGAACCACAACUCCUGCCACAGGAGGAACUGGAUUCUCCUUAGGCAUCAGCACACCAAAGCUAAACUUGGGCAGCGUGGCUGCCACCCCAGCUACAGCACACCCUGGCGGCUUUGGGCUCAGCAGCAGCACCCUCACCAAUGCCAUCUCGAGCACUGUCACCUCCAGCCAGAGCACAGCACCCACCGGCUUCAUGUUUGGCUCUGCCACCACCUCUGCUGCUCCUUCCACCACACCAGGGGGAUUCUCAUUCACAGCGGGGAGCACGUCCCAGACCGGGACCUCAGGUUUUAAUAUUGGCUCAAUGGGGACUUCAACCCAGCCCACGGCACUUGCUGGAUUGCUCUUCACUCCUGCCACUCCAGCAGCCACUGGAGCGGGAGCCACACAGCCAGCUGCUCCUGCACCCACUGCUGCCACUACCAGUGCUGGGCCCACACUGUUUGCCUCUCUAGCAACUGCUCCAACCUCAUCGACCACCACUGGGCUUUCUCUUUGUACCCCAUCAACCACGGCUGGAACUCCUGGAGCUGGAACACUGGGCUUCAGCUUAAAGGCCACUGGAGCAGCUUCUACGGCCUCCACAACAACAUCCACCACCACGGCCACCACCACCACUGCAGCCACCACUGCAGCCACCACUACCACCACUGGCUUUGCCUUGAAUCUGAAGCCCCUUGCACCGGCCGGGAUCACCAGCAAUGCACCGGCUGCUGUGGCCGCACCACCUGGCCCUGGUGCAGCCACUGGGGCAUCUACCAGCCCUGUGAUGACCUACGCCCAGCUGGAGAGUCUGAUCAACAAGUGGAGUCUGGAGCUGGAGGACCAGGAACGGCACUUCCUGCAGCAGGCCACACAGGUCAAUGCCUGGGACCGCACACUGAUUGAGAAUGGGGAGAAGAUCACUACCCUCCACCGUGAGGUGGAGAAAGUGAAGCUGGACCAGAAGAGGCUGGACCAAGAGCUCGACUUCAUCCUGUCUCAGCAGAAGGAGUUGGAAGACCUGCUGAGCCCACUGGAGGAGUCGGUCAAGGAGCAGAGUGGCACUGUCUACCUGCAGCAUGCCGAUGAGGAGCGUGAGAAAACCUACAAGCUGGCAGAGAAUAUCGAUGCACAGCUAAAGCGCAUGGCCCAAGACCUCAAGGACAUCAUCGAGCACUUGAACACAUCUGGAGGCCCUGCCGACACCAGCGACCCACUGCAGCAGAUCUGCAAGAUCCUCAAUGCGCACAUGGACUCGCUGCAGUGGAUCGACCAGAACUCGGCCCUGUUGCAGAGGAAGGUGGAGGAGGUGACCAAGGUGUGUGAGGGGCGUCGCAAGGAGCAGGAGCGCAGCUUCCGGAUCACAUUCGACUGAGGCGCCAGCCAGCUUCAGGGCCUGUGGGUUCUGAGGGUGUUGGGGGCAGUGGGUGAUGCGCAAAUUAUUGUCUAGUUUUUGGUUGCAAUGAAUACUUGUUUGUUCCUUUCUUCCAAAUGGCUGUGCCGUUGAGAACACUUCUGUGGUUUGACUUUGCAGUAAUGAAAAUGAAAAUAUUCCAGUGCUCUGGUCCAGACGGCCUGGUGGAUGUGGUUUCUUUGUGUAUCUUUUGUGUAUCCCUGACCCGUUUUCACUAUAACCACCACCUACCCCAUCCUUCUUGCUCCAGCCAAGUGCUAGAGAAGUGCUGGAGAAGUUCAUCCAAAACCAUCUGUCUCCCAGCUAGGAUCUGCUUAGGGUCCACUAUGUCCCACACAUAGUCUUAGGUACAGGGAAAAGAGUCUCUGUCCUCGACAAGGCAGCAUCUUGGUGUGAGGUGUGUACCUGUGGAAACUCACCACCUGUACAAAGAAGGGAAUAGUGAAUAGGACUGACCAGGAGAUGUAGAAUUUCAGAGGAAGGACAUGAGUGCAGUGUUAAGACAAGGGUCAGACUUGCACUAGCAGGUCUUGUCUGGCUGACAUGACACCCCAUCCUCCAGGUCUCUUUAUCUUAGGCCUUAUCUCUCCAGAAGCCCUCUCAGCCACCCCAAAGCUGGGUCAGGUGGCUAUCCUGUGGCCCCUAUACCACACAGAGCGUGCAUCUUUGGUAGCACUUGCCACACUGUCUUGUGUAGACUGUUUACUUCUCUGCUUCCCCUUUAGAGUAUGAGCCCCCAUGGGCCGGGACUGUUUCUUGUUCCCUUUUGUGUCUUCACUACAGUCCCUCUCACAUUUUCAAAUUUGAAUGAAUGAACAACGGAGGUGAAACAUGGCAUCAAAUGUUCAGCCCCAAAAUGCCUGCUGAAAUGGCCACAGGGACCAGAGAUGGCCACAGACUUGGUUCAGAACUUGUUGAUGCUGAAGCAAACCUAACUUGUUACAGUGAGAUCCAUGGUGAUGUCCAGAAGACAACCAGUUGUUGCCCAAAUAUCUUUUUGUAUUUGUCUUUAUACUUUGCUGCACUGUCUAUGACUCUAUGUUGCUUUCCUAAAUAAAAUGUAUUGUGGAAGGAAAAAGAUGCCAAUAAUGUGGAUCACUUAGAAAGCUGGGGGAAAAGAGCAGGUUCCAGAAGACUAUAUCAGUUGUGCAGUCUGAGCUGUUUGGGACUCAGAAACCACCAGAACUAGACAAUACAUCAUUGAGGCACACAUACACACAGAGAUGCAAGUCAUGGGUUCCUCUGGUGCUGAGGGCAGAAGGAACACACAUGAGGGAACGUGUGCUGGUGAUGGUCUGGGUUCCAUCUUAGAUACACAUAAAUGUUGAAUUCCCUGCCGUCAUCCCUAAGGCCUUGCUCAGGGAUCACAAGUACCAUCCCUCUCUGCCCACUGGGGCUAGCUGGAGGGUGCUGGUCGUGCUUCAAUGGUGGAGAAUAAAUGAAGCUGGGAUGUGUAUUUGUAUGGGUUGGUUUCCAGAUAUUGGCCCAGCAUUCUGUCUCUGUCCCUAGUUCCAUGGGCAAGAAUGAUGCCAAGUGCUUGGAUCCCACUGCAGGGUGGAGAGUCUGCACCUUCAGCCUCUGCCUCACUAAGCCAUGUUUUUGCCAAGGAAUGCCCAAAGCUUAUUCCCGGAGAUGUAUAGUCUAGUUUCCCAGUCACAAUCAAGUCAUUUCCUUGGACCAUCUUCAGCUUCCAAGAAUAAGUAUCCUAUCCAAGCAGAAGCCAACAGACUGACCCACUUGAUUCUCUCUGAAAGCUCUGCCCCCUGAGCGGAAUCUGAGCCUUGACUAAACUGCAUGACCCACAUCCUCUCCCUGCAGGAAAGAGAAAUGGGGCAGCCUCAAGGCCCCUUAGAAAGUAGAAAGUUGUUUGUAUUUUAUCCACAUUGAUUCAUGCAGCAUCCAGUUUUGGAGCACUUUCUGUAUGCCAGAUCCUGACCUGGCAUUGGAGUCACAAAAAGAAGUGCUUCCUGCCUGACAGAGGUUGUUGGCAGGGGCCAUGCCAUCCUGAUAAAAGAAUUUUUCUUGAGCUUGCAUUUCCAAUGUAUAUAUUUGACCCGUUUUGCAUAUUAAACAUGAAUAAAGCUUAA